GGGGGUGGGAUCAGAAUGCACUCACACCAUUGCAAACAAAGCCACACCCCAUUUCUUAACGCAGACGAAACGUUACAAGGGUCACUGCUGCAUGAAAUCCGUGCCUCUCGCAUGUUUAUUGUUUUGGAAGAGGGAAAAGGGCGAGGAGAGUCGGACAAGCGGAAGGAAGCUAGACCUCAACCGAGAAUGGCAGGACAAGGAGAGGAACAAGUGGUCGAGGGGACCGAACUUGGUGAUAAGCUUCGAGGUGUCUGCGAGUCUAACCAUCCAGAUCUCUCUCGGGCGGAAAAGUUAAUUGAAGAGGGAGCCUUGGAAAACCUCGGUGUUGACGAGAUUGGCUCCAUUUUAUGUCAAGUUGCGAUGAAAGGUCACGUCGACAUCAUGAAGAAGUUGCUUGUGAGUAACAGAGUGGACGUGAACUACCGGGAGCCGCAGUACCAAUGGUCGCCGCUCCUAAACGCUGUGCAGGCGGAACAAGAAGACAUGGUUGACCUGCUGCUGGAACACGGGGCCGAGCCCGGCCUUCGGAAGAAGAAUGGCGCCUCGCCUUUCAUCGUCGCUGCGAUAACGGGCAACGUGAACCUGCUGAGGAAGUUUCUCGCCUUGGGCGCGGGCAUCGACGAGGCAGACGACAACGGUUUUACCGCCUUCAUGGAGGCGGCGCAGUACGGCCAUGAGGAGGCGCUCCGCCUCCUCUUCCGGGAGCACGCUAACGUGAACAAGGGCAGGCAAGUGUCCGGCGCCCGGGCGAAUAUCGGUAAAGGCGGCAAGACAGCCCUGAUUGAUGCCGUGAUGGAAGGCCGGAAGGACAUUGUCGAGAUCUUGUUGGAUGAAAUGAACGCCGAUGUUAAUGCGUUCGACAACAUCCGCAAAACGCCACUGAUCCACGCCUUGGAGGGAAGCAACGAGGAGAUUGCGGAGGCUCUGCUGAAACGGGGAGCAGAUGUUAAUGCCAUGGACCGAAAUCAAAACACGCCUCUGAGUGUCGCCUUGACCAAGUGUACGCUUCGAAGCCCCCUGUUGGAACAACUGGUGAAGUGCACCCAGAAUCUCAAUGUUCGGGACGCCGAUGGGAAAACGCCGCUGAUCCUUGCAGUCGAGAAGAAGAUGCCCAGGGUGGUUAAACUUCUGCUGGAGGAUGACAGCACGGAAAUCAAUGCACAAGACCGUUCAGGCCAGACGGCCCUGCUGGCAGCUGUGGAAAAUAAGGAUACCUCGUUGACAGAGAUGCUGUGUAAGAAGGGGGCUGAUGUAUCCCUUGCGAACAACCGCGGGGAUACGGCGUUAAUGAUAGCCAUAAGGAAGUAUGACAAUAGAACAAAAAACAUGCUGAUUAAGCAUGGGGCAGAGAAGGUGGCAUCCAAUGAAGGAAGACCUCCUUCAAGAUGGAAGGAGCACAGCGUACGCUGGAAAGAGAGCCUGCGGAAACUGCAGGUGGAGCCCCGUGACCCCGUUGGGAAGCUGAAACUAUCCAGAAUCCCGGAUUAUAAAAUUACAGAAGAAGGCAGCGCGACGGAGGUCUGCCUCGGGUUCUUUAACAAUGAGAUCGAAGUGGCGGUGAAAUGUCACAGGAAAGGUGUCGAAGCAGCCAAAAGAGAAUUGGAUUGCCUCCGUGAUCCCAAAAUCAGUGGCAGCAGUCGCUUCGCAAGCCUCCGGUAUUGUGAAAGUGAUGAUUUUUGUGAUUACCUGUGCCUGGAUCUCUGCGAGUAUAACCUUGAGGAAUGUGUGAGCAAGUGGCCGGACAAAACGCGAAGCGACGCCCCUAAAAUAAUGAAGCAGUUGGUUCAGGCUCUUCAGAUUUUGCACAAGGUUAAAUUUGCUCACCGGGAUUUGCAUCCGACAAAUGUCCUCAGAGAUGUUGAAGAAAAUUUUCGCCUGGCAGAUUUCGAUAAGAGUGUGCAUUUUGAUAAGAACCCAACUAUGCCGAUUUGCCCUGGAACCUGGGAAGCCUCAGAAAUCCUGCAGAAACUGGAACAUUUGCCAAAGGCAACGUUUACCGAGGAUGAGCUGUUCAAAGCAGAUGUGCAGGCACUAGGACGCCUCUUACACUUUGUCAUAUCUGGUGGGAAGGACGUCUACAGGAGUAAGGAGGAUGAACUUGAGAAUAACCCCUCUUUCGAUGACAGUCUUUGUGACCUGAAGAAUGCUGAAGCCAGAGAUUUUGUGGAGUGCCUGUUAGCACCAGCAGAGCAGAGAGCGACACUCACUGAGAUUGAGCACCAUCCACUACUGUGGAAAGAUCUGGACAAGGCCCAGUUGAUCCAAAGUCUCGCCAAUGAGAAGGAUGUGGUCAAACGGAAUCAUGACAGUCAGAUUGUCCAGAUCCUGAAUAAGACCGGAGAGGAUCAGGAAAGAUCAUUUCACAAGUGGACAGAGAAGGUUGACUCUGUUCUCCUCAAUGACAUGAACAAGAGACAAGGCAAGAAUAAAGAAUAUAAGGACACCACUAGUGACCUCCUGAAAUUCAUAAGAAACCUCAUCCAGCACUUUGAUGAAAAGAAAGAGUUCCACAGUUUAAUGAAGAGUCCAGAAGAUUAUAGCUUUGGGUUAUUUCCCGAUCUCAUUGUUGCUGUCUACAAGGCUGUGAAGGACACAGAGUGGAAGAAGUACUUUCCAAAAGAAUAGAGGCUGCUCCUGUCUUCAAAGGGUUGCCAUCUCUUGAGUGGAUAUGAGACAGAACCACAUGCUUCAGGGCAAGAAUGGAAAGAAGGAACUUGCAUUUGUAUCACGAAUCCCGAUAGUGUGGAAGUAGGCCAUUCAGCCCAUCAAAUCCACACCGCCCUUCCACCCAGCCUCCUAUUCUAUCCCUGUAUUUUUCAAUGGCUAAUCCACCUAGCCUGCAUAUCCCUGGACACUGUGGGCAAUUUAGCAUGGCCAAUUUAUUGAGUCUGCAGAUCUUUGGACUGUGGGAGGAAAC